GUAAAUUAUGAUUUCCGGGUUAUAGCAGCAGCAGAUGACAACAUUGUAAGGCCCGUCUUUCCAUUCAGACUGUCUCCCAAACAUCGUCAAAAACUGAAGGAAGCUAUUAAUAUUUUGGGAUCCAUCUCUCUGCUUUUGGGGGAUUUAUCAUUUAUGUCCUACUGGGAAGAGCAACAGCAGCAUCAUGGCAGAUGACAAGGACGUGUUGAGAGAUGUUUGGUUCGGCCGGAUCCCCACAUGCUUCACUCUGAAUCCAGAUGAGGUGACUGAAAGGGAGGCAGAAGCAUACUAUCUGCUGCUACCCAGGGUGAGCUACCUGCCUGUUGUCACAGACAAGGUGAAGAAACACUUCCAGAAAGUGAUGAGGGCAGAGGACGUGGAGGAGAUGUGGUUCGAGUAUGAAGGAACGCCACUCAAAUGGCACUACCCUAUAGGAGUUCUGUUUGAUCUUCAUGCCUCCAAUACAGUCUUACCCUGGAACAUCACUGUGCACUUUAAGAAUUUCCCAGACAGGGACCUGCUGCACUGCUCGUCCAACUCCGUAGUGGAGGCUCACUUCAUGUCCAGCAUCAAGGAGGCGGACGCCCUCAAGCAUAAGAGCCAAGUCGUCAAUGACAUGCAGAAAAAAGACCACAAGCAGCUGUGGAUGGGCCUGCAGAAUGAUAAGUUUGACCAGUUCUGGGCAAUGAACAGGAAGCUGAUGGAAUAUCCCACUGAGGAUGGAGGCUUUAGAUACAUCCCCUUCAGGAUAUACCAGACGCUGAGCGACAGGCCUUUCAUCCAGAAACUUUUUCGUCCCGUUUCACCUGAAGGCAACGCACACACGCUUGGCGACCUCCUGAAGGAGAUGUACCCAGAUGCUUUGACAAAUGAUGGUGAGGUGAAGCGUUACCAGGUCCUGAUCCACGGCAUCGAACCUCUGCUGGAGACUCCUCUACAGUGGCUCAGCGAACACCUGAGCCAUCCUGACAGCUUCCUGCACAUCUGCGUCGUCCCUGUGCCCACAGACUGAGGCCCCACCUCUACACCCUAUCGUGCCAAUGACUCAUCGACCAAUCACCUGCCAGCGGGGUAACCUCAUGGUUACAUGGUAGCACUUCUCUCUGGAGACUUGGGACUAACAGACAAUAAUGGAGGACGAUCUGAAUAUUUGAUAUAAAUAUGACAUGACAGGAAAUGCGACGAUUGACAAAUGUCCCACGUUUGUUGACAUCUCCAUCAGGUCAUCACUCCUCCUUUCUCCUCAGAAACUCUGAACGCAAACGACGAAGAGAACUUUUCUUCAGCGUUUCUGUUCGGUUCCAUAUAUUCUCCAAAUAACCAAAUAUAUACACCGGGGGCAAACCUAUUUUUUAAAUCUCCCUCCUCCUUCUCGUUAUCAGGCUGUCUUGGAAACAGGGAAGCUGUAUUUUUGCUCGUUUUUUUGUGGAGGACGAUGUGGCGUCAGGUUCUGCUGAAGUUGCCUUAGAUGUCACACUCUUGCAUCAUGACUGACAUGAUGCUGAUCAGUUUACAUCACAGCCUAGAGAAAUGCUCACCUUUAAAGAAUAAUAUAUCAAAACUGUUCUGUUGCACCAAUUUAAAUUAAGCGCUUGAGCGAUGAACGGCCCUGGAGGUUUUGCAGAAUUCCCAGGAAUUGGGUUGGAAUAAACUCUUCUUAGGUCUGCUGAGUUCAAACUCUAAUUCUGAGCUAUCUGAAAGAACAAUUUAGAACGUCUAAAUUUCUAUAGAGCACUAUUCUUUUCCUGUUAAUGAAAUGUUAGUUUAACUUAAAUAAACAAUUUGUUUCAUUCUUCCUUAUAUUCUAUUAAAACAUGAGUUUAGAAACCUGUGAUUAUUAAACUAACGGUUAAAC